AUGCUGCCAAUGUCGCGUUCCUUGGCGAUCUUCCGUGCCUUUACGCGUAUGAUACCAAUGUCUAGUGCCAAUUUCUUCCAUACCACAACCCUUUCAAAUCAAUUGCUUCAUCCUGUAGCUGGUAAACCGCAUCGUCGCGUUCAAUACGACUCACACAUUCCUACAACACCGUUGCAGAAACUCGUACUAUCUGUCACAUCGGCAUUGACAGUAUUUACAACCCCCGAACGUGGUGACAUGCUUGCUGCUUUGGGAGAAGUGACAGGACGUGAUGCAUUACGACGUAUUCAUGCGAAAAUGUGUGCAGAUCCUGUGGGUGCACGGAUCUUAGCAGAAAAACCAGUGAUCCGGAAUGACCGGAUUGAUAUCAAAUAUCUUCGCUCUCUGUCUACAGAUUCAUUCGGACACCACUAUGCCAUGUUUAUGGAAUUGCAUGGCUUUGAUGCGGAUAAUCGCUCACUUGUUCGCUUCGUUGAUGACCCAGAGUUGGCCUACGUCAUGCGACGCCAUCGUGAGCUGCACGACUUUUGGCACACGCUUUUUGCUGUGCCCCCGACGGUUUUGGGCGAAAUUGCGCUCAAAUACGUCGAGAUGGCGCACUCCAAGCUACCGGUGAGUGCACUAAGUGCCUUUGUGGGCCCACUGCGUCUCUCGUACGAGGAGCGUUGUCUGCUGAAGAAGGUCUAUUUACCAUGGGCCAGCCACGUCUCGAAGAAAGUGCACUCUUUGCACUGCGUCAUGUAUGAGGAAGAGUUUGAGACCCCGAUUGAGGAGCUGCGUCAACGUCUGAAUAUUGAGGUUGCGCCCUCGCUCAAGACAUGUGUCGACAAGAACGACAAAAAACACUGA